AAAUGUUCCUCCUUAAAACCACCACCACCGUAACCAUAACCAACCCUUCUCUUUUCCUUUCCCUCUCUGAAAAAACCCCAAUUCCAUUCCUCCGAAAUUCACCAUUCUCCCUUCCCCAAACAUGAAUUCCCCAAAGACCAAUUCCCCAAAGAUGAGUAGUUGGCUCAGCAAACUUGGUUUCGGUUCCCGAUCCGAAUCCGAAUUAAACUCACCUACUUCUUCUUCAUCUGCAAUUCCUCAAGGACCCGACGACGACACACCCGACCCGGGUCAACAAUUCGCCCAAUUCGGGGCGGGUUGUUUCUGGGGAGCUGAAUUGGGGUAUCAGAGAGUGACGGGUGUUACAAAGACUGAAGUUGGGUACUCACAGGGUUACUUGGAUAAUCCUAGAUAUGAAGAUGUGUGUUCUGGUACUAGUAAUCAUAGUGAGAUUGUUAGGGUUCAGUAUGAUCCUAAAGAAUGUGAUUAUGAUACUUUGCUUGAUGUCUUUUGGGCUCGUCAUGAUCCUACCACCCUCAAUCGUCAGGGAAAUGAUGUGGGCACUCAGUACAGGUCUGGGAUUUACUUCUACACACCCGAGCAAGAGAAGGCAGCACUAGAAUCCCGAGACCGACAGCAAAAGCUUCUGAACAGGAAGAUUGUUACUGAGAUUUUGCCCGCUAAGAAAUUUUACAGAGCCGAGGAAUAUCAUCAGCAGUACCUUGCAAAGGGGGGUCGGUUUGGCUCAAAGCAGUCUGCUGACAAAGGCUGCAAUGAUCCUAUCCGAUGCUAUGGUUAAGACCUUUUCAUUCGAAGAACAAAAAUAAAAGUUAGAUGUGUUUAUUCUUCUAAGCUAUGCUUGUUAUUAUAGGCUUUAAAUUGUGCUUCUCCAGUGACGUAUUUAGUCUACCCGCUUAUGCUUGCUUCAGGAAAAUCCAAUGUUUGUAGCUUCACCAUAGAUUUGUAAUGUAUAUAUGGUUUCAGAUU